CACUGCCCUCGUGGCAUGGAUGAAAUGCGACAGAGAUAAAGCUAUAUUUUAACAAUCAUCUAAACCCAACAAACGUAAACAAAAAUGACAGGGCGCGGUUUUGUGCAUAAUAUAACUGAUUUAUAGAUUAUCACACUUUAAUCUAAUACGUAUUUCAUAUAGCUAUAAUAUGAUCUUUGACCUUUCACCUACAACCCCACUAUGACAGACAAUAUGGCUGCCUACACUAAAGCAAUUGCGAAGGUUUUGUGCGGUCUAUCGCCUUCAAUUUUACAUUCAUUACGGCCGUGUCAGCCCUGUCUACCAAGGCUGCCUGUAAGAGCCUGGCCAAGUCUCUCUCCGUUUGUUCUCCAAAGUCACUCAUUCUGUGAAGCAGCAUCACUGCAGGAUGAGGAUACUGCUCAGGCUGACGCAGUUGUCUCCCAAUACAAGGACAGACCUUGGGAUUACUUGGAGAGUGAAGAGUACAUUGAGAGAUAUGGAACCAAUCCAGUGUGGGCAUGCUACAGGAGGAACCACAAAGGAGGCAUUCCCCCACAGAAGACACGCAAGACCUGCAUUAGAGGAGACAAGAUAUGUGGAAACCCCUGUCCAAUUUGUCGAGAUCCAAACAUAGUUGUCCACCAUCAGAAUGUGAAAUUGCUGCAGCAGUUUAUUAGUCCUGAAACUGGAAUGGUGUAUGAUCCCACUCGAACCGGAGUGUGUAUGAAACAGCAUAAGAAGCUGAAUGAGGCAAUUGGCACAGCACAAGAUCAUGGCUUACUUCCUUUUCAGAUUCCAUAUGCAGAAUUUUCAGGAGAGGACUACUCCAAUUCCCAUGAUGCGGUGGGGUCCAGUCCACCCCCUCCGUGCUUAAUCUCUGGUGAUGCCUGGUAUAAAUGGUAUGGCAAAAUAACACCUGAUCAGAAUGAAGUGGCUAAAGUGAAGAAGAUGUACAAGGCUUACCUGAAGUGAUGGAAACUACAGAACUGCUUCUGUCCUGUUGAGAGGAGAGCUUUCAGCUGGCACCAGAAACUUUCCUGUGUUCAGGCCAGCUUUUUGCUAAACAUGUACAUGUUUUUGGACCAUGUGAAUUUCCACCCUGUCUUAUGUACAUACAACCUGAACAAUAAAUUACAUGAUAAACAAA